AUGUCACAACUCCUUACAGAGUACUUUAUUUCAGGCUUCAAUAUUUUGCUGCCCACGGUAUCGCAGGAUCUUCAUAUCCCUCGCGAAGCUCAGACAUGGCCGGUCAACGCUUUUUCUCUUGCCGUGGCUUCGUUCCUGCUCUUCUUCGGUCGCCUAGCGGACAUGUAUGGUGGCUUUCCAUUAUACCUUGGGGGCAUUAUAUGGCUGGCGGUAUGGAGUUUGGUCGCUGGUUUUGUCCCGAGCAAUUUGACGCUGAGCCUUACGAGGGCGAGCCAGGGUCUUGGCACUGCUGCUUAUUUACCAAGUAGCUUGAUGUUACUGGGGAGCAUCUAUAGACCAGGACCGAGAAAAAACAUUAUCUUCAGCGUGUAUGGCGCUUGUGCACCUUUGGGGUUUUUUCUGGGGAUCUUCUUUGCGGGAUUAUGUGCGCAGUAUAUUGCGUGGCGAUGGUACUUCUUUAUCGGCGCUUCUUUGGCAGCUCUCACAGCAGUAGCGGCAUUCUGGACCAUACCAUCCGAUAUUGAAGAACGUCGAGCUAUGGGUGUGAAGAUGGACUGGCCCGGAGCCGGACUCAUCUCAAUCGGUCUCACCCUCGUCGUUUUCGCAAUCACCAAUAGCGCGAAUGUCCUCAAACCCCGUGAAGCAAUAUACAUGAACCUCAUCUUGACUGCCGGUGUGCUCUGUCUUGUCGUCGCAUUCUAUUUCGAAGGCUGGGUAGCUGAGCAACCUUUGCUGCCGUUCGAUUUCUUCGACACUCCAUGCAUAAAGCCACUAUUCAUCGCUUUGUUUUUUCAAUAUGGUGUACUUGGAAACUGGAUCCUGUACUCGACUUUAUAUAUGACUGACUUUAUGGGUGCAUCACCGAUGCAGCUUGUCGCCUGGUACACACCUCUAGCAGUCGGAGGCUUCGUCAUUGCCACAAUCGGUGGAUUUUUCCUCCAUCGUAUCCACGGCACUAUUCUUAUACUCAUUGCUGGCGUCUCCCUCCUCAUUGCUUGUCUUCUCUUUGCUAUCAUCCCUAUCGGGGCUAGCUAUUGGAUAUACAUCUUUCCCGCAUGUCUAACUUUUACAAUUGGUAUUGAUGUCACAUUCUCCCUAGCGAAUAUUUUUAUUAGUAACUCUAUGCCGUCGAAGCGUCAAGGUUUGGCGGGAGGUUUAGCCAACAGUCUACUACAGUUGAGUAUCGCCCUAUUUCUAGGAGUUGGGGGCCUCAUUGCAGGAGAGGAAACAGAUGAACAAGUCAAGCAGAGCUACAAACAUGUUUUCUGGUUUGCAUUCGCUUGUGCGGCUAUGGCUUUGGUGAUAAUAGCAGGAUUUGUCAGGUUAAGGAAGGCGAAUAGCGAUUAUACCUUCGAUGAAUGGUUGGCGUUGGAAAAGAAGAUAAGGCCUAGUGAAUGA